AUGGAUGCUGAGUAUGUCCUAUGCAAUUGGAAAGGCCACUUGUGGCCAGCAAGGCUUCUGUCCAGAUCCGGGGUCUCACCAAGAAAUAAGAGGAAAGGAGCACUUUCUCUAGAAGUUGAAAUACUCUCGGUAGAUGAAAAAAUUAAAGUGAAAAGCACAGACGUAAAGAUCCUAAACGAGUCUCAGAUUGAAUCCAUUAGCUCCUUGCUAACAGCCCAGUCGAAGGCCAGUGUCCCAGUGGGACAGGAAGUGCCUUACAGAAACGCUCUUACAGUGGCAUUGGAGAUUCUGAAGGGGAGAGCAGAUGUGCGCCCAGCAGGAGCAUGGGAUGAUCCAGAGACCACUACACGGUCCCGAAGGGGACCAAGAAAGCGAUCUCUUAAAAACUACCGGAAGGCCAAAGGGAUCUUACUGAAGCGUCUCAGGAAACGCAGAAACCUCAAAUCGCGGCUGCUGCGUUCUCAGAGACCGGACGCCCCAGAAGGCGGCCAAUCACAGGCACACACAACUGUCACUCCCCUUCCAAGGAAAAGGCGAGCAAAGUCCUCACCAAGCUCCAGCAGGCACCCGAACUUCCUGUCGCUUUCAGAAGAUGGUGGUGAGAAAGAGGGCAAGGAAAAGAGGGACACCUCAAGAGUUAGGUCUUCGCAUCGCAUAGCCAAGGAGGAGGGUACCGGGGCUGAAGAUGGAGGCAUCCUUCCAUCUCCGCCACCAGGUUUCAACCUCACUGUGCCCGAGGAGGCUCUGAAAGAAGAGGCACCUGACACCCACGCAAAGACCCCGGCCGCCUCCUCUGAGCGCUCUGCCUCCUCCGGGAAUGUUGAGGACCACGGAGAGGGUCCCUGGGAGCCAGGCUUGGAAGGUGUGGCAGCCUCCUCCAGUGCCCCUAACCUGAGGCUGCGUUGUUCACUCCGUCUGGCAAACAGGAGAAGGAAGCUGCAGGUUCCAGAGUUUGAGAAAGGGCUGCAGGAAUCUCGACCUCCGGCCAGCUCAAAGGCUGUGAACCCCACCACUGCUAUUAAGAAGGAUGUCAGCCAGGAAAUGGGACACCUGACCGGCACGCUUUCUCCACAGGAGCCUUGUCCCAUUGAAGGAGGGAUGAUGGUCUGGUUUAAAUUUCAAAAUCACCCCUUUUGGCCCGCAGUGGUAAAGAGCGUCAGCCAAGCAGAGCAGACUGCAAGGGUGCUUUUGAUUGAGGCAAACAUGCACGCUGAAAUGAGUGGCAUUCGAGUUCCUCUUCGAAGAUUAAAGCCCCUGGACUGCAAAGAGAAAGAAACACUGAUGAAGAGAGCCAGGAGAGUGUACGAGCAAAGUGUGAACUGGUGUUUCUCCCUGAUUUCUCACUACAGAGAAGGGCUCACUUGUGGGUCUUUUGCAGGCUCCUUCCUGGACUAUUAUGCUGCUGACGUCAGUUACCCAGUUAGGAAAGCCAUCCAGGACGGGGACCUGGAGGUUGACUUCCCAAAGGUCAAUUAUGCCGACCUGGAGGAUUCUGAGGAGGAGACCUCCGUGGGCGGGAAGAGGCCCCGCAAGAAGAUUCUCCCUGACCGGAUGAGGGCUGCUCGGGACCGAGCCAACCAGAAGCUCGUGGACUUCAUCGUGAAAACGAAGGGAGCCGAUCACCACCUUCUGGACAUUGUCAAAGGCAGGAAACAGUCCAGGUGGCUGACAUCAUUUCUGAAUUGCAAGAGGUACACGCUCUGCAUUGAAACAUACCUGGAGGAUGAAGACCAGUUGGAUGUGGUGGUGGGACAUUUACAAGAAAUCUACAAACAAAUAGACAAGAAGAGGCUGACUCUGGCAAGGGACGACAAAGUCAGUUUUGUUGUGGAAGUUCUUCUGCCAGAAGCAAUCAUUUGUUCCAUUGCUGCACUUGACGGAUUAGGUUAUAAGGAGGCAGAAGAAAAGUACCUACGGGGCCCACCCGUGCAUUACCGGGAAAAACAGCUGUUUGAUAAAAAUAUCCUAAAGCAAAUGCGAAAGAGAUCGGCACCCGGGCUCAAGGCUAAUAAGUAA